AAAGAAGGGGUAGCGACCACGCGACACGGGAUCAGUUUAGAUUUGGUCAGCGUGAGAUGGAUACAACACUAGCAUCGACAGUACUGACGACGGCGCCGACGAUGACAACGACGGCGCCGACGAUGACAACGGCGCCGACGACGAUAACGACGGCGUCGACAUUGACAUCGACAUCGACAGCACCGAUGGCAACGGCGGCGAUGGACACGGCAUCGACAGCACCGACGGCAACGACGACUUCGGCGGCGCCGAUGGACACGGCAACGACGACUUCGGCGGCGCCGAUGGACACGGCAACGACGAUUUCGGCGGCGCCGAUGGACACGGCAACGACGACGUCGGCGGCGACACCGAUGGCAACGGCGAUGUCGACAAAUAUUACAUUAAAUAUGGAACAAUUGGGACAAUUAAUAGCGGCUGUUACGGCCGCAAGAGGACGAGGAAGAGGAGGAAGAGGAGGAAGAGGAGGAAGAAGAGGAAGAGGAACAAGAGGAGGAAGAGGAAGAGGCCGAAAAAGUGAAAUGUAA